AAGGUUUGACUUGUUUAUUCACAUUUGAAAUGUUUUCAGAUCUUCUGGUGUUCGAGAUUCGCAAGAUGUCAAAAUCAGGCGCAUUGGAUCUGGCAUCUGGUGUGGGCGGAAAGAUUGAGAAGAAAGAAGUUAUUUCUGCUGUUGAUCAGUAUGAGAAGUAUCAUGCCUCUUUCGGAGGGGACGAGGAACAGAGAAAAGCUAACUACACUGAUAUGGUUAACAAAUACUAUGAUCUCUCUACUAGUUUCUAUGAAUUUGGCUGGGGAGAAUCCUUCCAUUUUGCACACAGAUGGAAUGGGGAGUCACUUAGAGAGAGCAUCAAGCGACACGAACACUUUCUUGCUUUACAGCUAGGUUUGAAACCUGGACAAAAGGUUUUGGACGUUGGUUGUGGAAUUGGAGGGCCAUUAAGAGAAAUUUCUCGAUUUAGCUCAACAGCCGUCACUGGGUUGAACAAUAAUGAAUUUCAAAUAUCAAGAGGACAAGAACUGAAUCGCAUAACAGGAGUGGACAAGACCUGUGAGUUUGUUAAGGCUGACUUCAUGAAAAUGCCAUUUUCUGACAAUACUUAUGAUGCUGUGUAUGCUAUAGAAGCUACUUGCCAUGCACCAGAUGCGCUGGGAUGCUACAAGGAGAUCCACAGAGUGUUAAAGUCUGGCCAAUAUUUUGCUGCAUAUGAGUGGUGUAUGACUGAUUCUUUCGAUCCUAAAAACCAAGAACACCAGAAAAUCAAGGCAGAAAUUGAGCUUGGUGAUGGCCUUCCAGAUAUCAGGUCAACAAGGCAAUGCCUUGAAGCUUUAAAACUUGCAGGAUUUGAGGUUAUAUGGGAGAAGGAUCUUGCUGUGGGCGCACCUGUCCCUUGGUAUGCACCUCUGGAUCCACGUCAUUUCUCACUAAGUAAUUUCCGUCUAACACCUCUGGGUCGUUUCUGCACAAGAAAUUUGGUCAAAGUCCUAGAAUAUGUGGGCCUUGCUCCAGAAGGAAGUCUAAGAGUUCAAGCUUUUCUCGAGAAAGCCGCGGAAGGAUUGGUUGCAGGUGGAAGGAAAGAGAUCUUCACCCCAAUGUACUUCUUUCUGGUUCGUAAACCUCAUUCAGGCAGUCAUGAAUCCAGCAACUCAGCAGAAGCUUCUUAAGGUUUGGGACAUCGAUAUGCCUACAUUUGCCUUCCCUUCUCACCAGGAGCCAGGAGUCGAUCUCAGCAAACCAGAUAGCCAAUUUAGGCUAGUUUUGUUCUUUAAUUUUCUUAUAA